ACGCAAGUCAUGUAUCAAAUCGAUCCAUUAGUAAAUCCACCUAGAGACCAAUCCAUCCGACAAUCCAACCGUGUUCAAAACAAAUGCCAUGCCGGAAGCAUUGCAAUGCGGGCAGGAUGAUCCUUGAUGGGUAACACCCACCCUGAAAAGAAGAAAAGGACAACACGAUUAUCAUGUAGCAAACGUCCACCCCUGACGCUCUCGAAGACACAUUGGCCACUGUCCUGGGCGGAGUCACAUUUUUUGCCUGAAUUUCCAGUUCGCAGUAAAGCUCACGAACAGCGUUUCGAGAAAGUCCGAGAACUGUGCGCAGGGACAUAUGGCAGGGUGUACUUGUCCAGGGAGCGUGCGACAGAUCAGCAGUUCGCAGUUAAGGUGUUAUCAAAGGCUCGUGUGCUGAAGGAGAAUGCAGUUCAGCAGUGCAAGGAGGAAGUUUCCAUUCAGGCUCUACUCGGCUGGCAUCCAUUCAUUGUGCCUUGUACAGAGCACUGGCAAAGCAAGAAACACUUAUUCUUAGUGACACCGUACCUGCCAUGCGGAGAGCUACACAGCAUUUGGAAGGCCUUGGGGCCCUUCAGCGAAGUAUUGGUUCAGAUCAUAGUGGCUGAACUGGCACUUGUGAUAGAUUUCCUACACAAUAUGGGUGUCAUCUACAGAGAUAUCAAGAUGGAAAAUGUGCUUCUGGACAAUCAAGGUCACGUACAGCUGAUUGAUUUCGGCUUUGCUCGCUGGCUGGGCUACUCUUCUCGCACGACCACCAUCUGCGGCACCAUGCAGCUAAUGGCCCCGGAAAUUCUAAACAUGCAGCCUUAUGGUCACGCCGUGGACUGGUGGUCACUUGGGAUCAUUGCAUACGCGUUGCUCGUCGGACAUUAUCCUGUAGAGAGGUGCAGCGAUCAUAUUGUCAUGCAGAAGCUCGUGUCAGAUUUUAAUUAUGACUUGCCUUCAGAAUACUCUUUGCCUGCGAGACAGCUUGUGCGCAAGCUAUUGUGUAAACAGCCUCAGAGGCGCCUUCACUCUCUGGAAAUGCUCAAGGAGGAACCUUUUUUUACUGGGCUCGACUUCACCGAUGUGUAUGACAAAAGGAUAUCACCCAUGAAACUUCUACAUGCUGAAAUUGAUCACAAAGUGAAGUCUACAUGGGAUUCUAGCAAGCUCGAUGAAAAGAGAAGUGAUACAUGACAGUUUCUUUCCUUUUAUCAUUUUUUUGUUUCUUCAUCAUCAUCAUCAUCAUCAUCGCAGUACCAGUGAGGCCUAUGCACCUUUAUUCUGUCCAUCCGACAAAUUACAUUUUAUACUUUUGUGGAAAUAAAGUGUAAAUAUGAA